UCAAGCCAGAGUUCUUUCUUAAAGGGCAAAUUUGCUAUAGAACCACUGGCUCUCCAAGCAUUCUCCAGUUUAUUCCGCCGGUGGAACAAUAUGGCUGCUGCCGGUAGGCCUAAUGUGGUUGACAGGACAAGUGACCAGACAAGCCCAAGUACUGAAAUUCAACCAGACUUUGAACAUGGACAUGGACAUUAUUUUACGAAAAAAACGUUCCAUAAGCCAACCUAUUGUCACCAUUGUACAGAUAUGCUUUGGGGCCUAAUAGGACAAGGCUACGUAUGUGAAGUGUGCAAUUUCAUUGUUCAUGAUCGAUGUUUGAAGACGGUUGUAUCUCCAUGUUCCACAAUAGCCACCCAUGUAAUUAAGAAACCUGUUCCCCAUUGCUGGUCUGAGAGGGGUCAUUUGAAAAGAAAAUUCUGUAGUGUUUGCCGCAAACGAAUUGAAGAUAGUUGUGCAGUUAGAUGUGAAGUUUGUGAAUACUGUGUUCAUGCUGAGUGUCAAGAUUUCAGUGUUGCUGACUGCAAGGAAUGUGCAACAUACGCGCCAAGCAGAGACCAGGCUAAAGUUAUACAGUACCAUCAUUGGCGAGAAGGAAAUCUUCCUGGAAAUUCGAAAUGUCAUCUUUGUAAGAAAACGUGUUGGUCAUCCGAGUGCCUUGCUGGUAUGCGAUGUGAAUGGUGUGGCAUGACAGCUCAUGCAAUAUGCUACAAAAAUUUGCAAAAUGAAUGCAAUUUUGGAUGUCUAGAAAGUAUCAUGCUACCUCCUAGUUCAGUCAGUAUUCCUCGUACGGAUGUCCCAUUGGAGACCAUAAUUGGAGUAGAGAUGAAAAAACGUGAGGCUUUAAGAAUUUGUAUAACAAGGAGCAUUUCUGAAGAGUUUUCUCCUGGUGAAUGUAAAAACAAAGAAUUCGAUGAUUAUCCAUCCCCAAAAGAAAAAGAUAAGGAUGAUGAAGUUGUAAAAGUUUACGAUGGAAAUGCAUCUAUGAAAAGGAGAAUGUUUCGGACAAUCACAGUUUCAAGAAAUGCUACAAAGGAGCAAAUGAUUUGUGCUGCAUUAAGAGCUUUUCACAUAUCUGACGAUCCAAAACACUAUUAUUUGUGUGAUGUCUAUGCUGAGCACCCUGAAAAAGAAAUUGAAGAGUUUAUGCCUGUUCAAAGUCUAACUAGGAAGGAAGGUAAAAGGCCUGCAAUUCUCUUACGCUAUCGACCAUUAAAUGCCAAUUUAGGAAGUGUAAAAGUAUACCCUGGGAAAUUUCGGGCGGCUGAUACUCAUCGUGUAAUCCCAGUAACUAGUGAUACAAGUGUAGAAGAUGUUAUGGCUGCUACCCUUACCGAGUUUGGUUUAGAUACGUCAGACAUUAAUAAAUACAGAUUAAGUGAAGUUACAUUGGACAGAGGUUCUGUUCAUGAAAGAGCUAUGGACAAUCAAGAAGGACCAUGGGACUUAUUAAAAAACAUAGCUAGGGAAUCAGUUAGACAAAAAGAGUUGACACGAUUUUAUCUUCAGAAAAAGGAAAAUGUUUCGAGUUCAAAUGUAGCUCUUUUUGUUGGUAAUCUUCCUCCAAAUUUAUCACAGCGGCAAUAUGAAAAAAUUCUUGUAGAUAAACUAGGAAAGCCUUAUAAAUUCCGUCAAAUUGGUCCCAUAUAUUAUGAGUAUGGUUCUUUGAUCAUUACCUAUGAUAAUGCUGACAUCGCUGUUAAAGCCUUUUAUAUGCUGCGUGAAACAAGUUAUGAGGAAAAGAAUUUGUUAGUUCUUCUACUUCCCAAUAUUAUUCCUGAAAUGAUACCUGAAGGAACAAGGCCUCUUUUAGUAUUUGUCAAUGUAAAAAGUGGUGGCUGUCAAGGUCUAGAAUUAAUUUGUUCCUUUCGCAAACUUCUAAAUCCAUACCAAGUGUAUGACUUAGAUAAUGGUGGCCCUCUUCCUGGGCUUUAUGUCUUUCGUCAUGUUAAAGAUUAUAAAAUUCUUGUUUGUGGGGGCGAUGGGACUGUUGGAUGGGUUCUUCAAUGCUUGGAUAAUGUUGGACAAGAUUCAGAAUGUCAGUCACCACCAUGUGCAAUAGUACCUUUAGGAACUGGUAAUGACCUUGCUCGUGUAUUGAGGUGGGGGCCUGGAUAUACUGGAGGGGAAGAUCCUUUAACUCUUUUAAAAGACAUUAUAGAAGCAGAUGAAAUACGAUUGGACAGAUGGACAGUAGUGUUUCAUACUGAUGAUAAACCUGAUGAAAAAGCAAUAACAAAUGUUGCCAAUAGUUCCGGUUCAACAUCUGAAGAUAAUACAGCCAUUUUUGUUAUGAAUAAUUAUUUUGGAAUAGGCAUAGAUGCUGAUUUAUGUUUAGAUUUCCAUAAUGCUCGUGAAGAAAAUCCUAACAAGUUUAAUAGCAGAUUGCAUAACAAAGGUGUAUAUGUGAAGAUGGGAUUGCGUAAAAUGGUCAGUCGGAAAACCUGGAAAGAUUUGCACAAAGAAAUCAGGUUAGAAGUUGAUGGAAAAGUAAUUGAGCUACCGCAAGUUGAAGGAAUUAUUAUUUUGAAUAUUCUUAGUUGGGGUUCUGGUGCUAAUCCAUGGGGACCAGAAAGAGAAGAUAGCUUUUCAAAGCCAACACAUUAUGAUGGAAUGCUGGAAGUAGUUGGAGUAACAGGCGUUGUUCAUAUGGGUCAGAUACAGAGUGGAUUGAGAAGUGCCAUUCGAAUCGCACAAGGAGGACAUCUACGAAUAAAAUUAAAUACUGAAGUACCAAUUCAGGUUGAUGGUGAGCCAUGGAUCCAAAGUCCAUGUGAAGUAGUUGUCCUUAGAUCAGCACUAAAAGCAACAAUGUUACGGAAAAGCAAGAUGAAGAGAAGAAAUACAGAACCUGUUUUAGCAUCAACAACUGAGAAAACUGCUGCAGAAGAAUAAUAUUUCAGUGAACGUUUUAUCAUCUGGUCAAAGUAUAGAGGCCCCCUACAUAGAGUUGAUUCAUUCCUAUAUCAGUUGGAGAAAAAAAUAAUAGAUUAUGGUUUUAAUAAUCAGUACUUUCUUUCAUACAAUUACGGAAUUGUUCAGAAGAUCUAGUCAUACUUUUUCAUUAAGUGAAAAUAUUUUUAUUUCUUUCUACAGCUCUAAUUUAUUAAAGUUUUGUUGCAAUUUAUACUCAAUAUGCACGUAGUAGAUCCUGUUAUAAAUAAAAAGAAUUUUAAUUGCCAGAAGAUUUAUGUUCUCAGGUUAUGUACAUUUCAUG